AAGACAGGGGCAAAACCGGAAUAGUAUGAACAAAACAGUAACCCCAGAGACCGCCCUCCCCUGCCCUUCUUCUUCCUCUUCCUCUUCUUCUCCCCCACGCUUGAGAAGAGAACAGAACGCACCCCAUUAGAUCAAACAACAAACUCUCUCUCUCUCUCUCUCUCUCUCUAUCUGCUUGCUUGCCACCAUUGAGGGGCCUCAUCUAUCAGCCUGUUCCCUCUCUUGCUCUUCAAUCUCUUGCUUGAGGUAAACCUUCUGGGUCUUUGUCCUUGUCCUGAGAGAGCGAUCAAGAAAGAAGAUCAAGAUCAUACAGCCCGCCAUGGCUGAUCGGUUCUAAACGAGUGGGAAGACCCACGAAAACCAACUCCCUUGAUCAUCAAUGGUGUUUCAAUCAAUCUCAGAGUCCGAGCCUCCUGCUAGGACCGUUCAGUCCGUUCCUAUGGCCUCGAUCGUCUCUGCCAAGUCUCAUCAGCCCCUGCACAACUUCUCCCUCACCGACCUCAAGUGGUCCCAAGCCCACCACCGCUUUUGUCGCCAGCCGGCUGAGUCCGGGCACCACUCCCCCCCCUGUGAUUCUGCCUCCCAGGUCCUCAACUGUGCCCCUUCCAGUUCAUCCCGGAAUGCGGUUGAGGCUCGGGAUGUGAAAGUCAAGGACGACCCGGCCGUGAUUGUGGGGAACGGAAGAUCGUCGAAGAUCCUUCUCCGGUUUCGCGCGAGGGAGAAGCCGAGACAAUCUGCUGCUGAGGCGGAGGCGGAGGAGGAGGCGGAGGAGGAGGAGGCUGCAGUGGCUCUGGGGAAAGCCCUGGCCGGCCCAGCGGAACCCGAGGGACUGACGUCGAAGGUGUGGAAUCUGAGGCCGAGGAAGCAGAUAACUAAGAAGUCCAGCACGAGCCAAAUCACUGCGCCGGAGAUGAUCGGCGGCCUGGUGGAGGUAGCCCGGGUGAGGACUGGGGGAGCAGAGGUUGAGACGGCGGGUGCGGAGGAGAGGAAGUUGAAGGUCAUCGUCCCUCUGACGAAGGAGGAGAUCCAGGCGGACUUUCUCGCCAUGACUGGGUCGAGGCCCCCGAGGAGGCCGAAGAAACGGCCGAGGACUGUCCAGCGAGCGCUCGACUACGUCUUCCCGGGGCUGUGGCUGUCCACCAUCACCCCCGACUCUUACAAGGUUGUCGACAAACCUCCAAAGUUAAGAUCUUUAUGCGCGAGUGUGCCGAAGAUCUCAAUCUGAUAAAUUGGACUGGAAUCAAAGCCGACGAUGGAAAUUGAAUGGUUGCUUUGCUUGCAGGGUUAAAAGAUCGAAUGUCGUAGUGUAAUGGUAUCUUCCGGGGAAUUCUGUUGCGUCUUUCGACGCCUAAAGCCGACUCCGCCGGAACUUUUGUGAAUAUGGGAAGGAAGGAAGGUAGGAAGGAAGAGGAGAUUGCCUGCCAAUGUACAGAUGAGAUCGAGAAUUAGGUUUAGAUUAGAUUAGAUUGGAAUUGGAAUUGGAAUUGGAAUCCUGUCGAUCAGAUUUCUUAUUUCUGCCAGCCUUUCUUUUUAUUUUAUUUUCUCUUCUCUUUUUUUUUUUUUUAAUUUUAAAUUGGCAGUGAAAAGAGAGACGAAAGUCAAUUGGUAAAGGCGCAGUAGAAAUUGGGUGCUGGGCUUGUUAGUUAUUUCUGCAUUUAUUUGCUCGCUCAUGUUCUCAUCCCAUAAAUGCAUGCAAUUUCCUCCCCGGGUUUGUUUUA